GUACAGCGCAUGCGCGGCUCAGCGCUCUAGCUCGCUUUGGGUGCACCUGCUUCUUUCACAGGUGCCAUGGCGGAGGAGAGGACGAAAUGCGACUUUAAAACACCGGACGACGGCGGGGAAGCAGUCUUCAAGGGCGUCGAGCAGCCCAUCUUCUCCGCCCUGAGCAGCGGCCAGGCGGAGCGGGACAACACGGUAGGACAGCGGGCAAGCUGCGAGGGGACAAAAGCACCUGGAGCCGCCCUGACUCCCGCCACCACCCCCGCUUUUUCCGAUACCGAGUCCGGGAUCUUUUCCGGGGAGUGCGAGACGUGUGUGGAGCACGAUUCCGAGCUGGACUGGUUCUGUGGCACCGAGUUAAAGUUGAUUUGCUCCCAUUGCGCGAUUGUAGGACCUUGUCGUGGACACUCAGUGACCCCUCUGGCCGCCAGAGUCACCGCAGUCCGGAAUCAGCUGGUGGACGCGUGUGAGAAAAUGCAGGUUCAGGCGCGGUGGAUGGAACGAUUCAUGGAGAAGACGCUUCCCAGCAAGGAGCAAAAACUUCAGGUGGCGGCGAGCACGGCAAGAGAGCAGGUUGUGGCCCAGGUCAACGCAGCCCGAGAGGCCCUGGAGGAGGAGGAGCAGCGGCUCCUGGAGGAGGUGCAGCGGGAGGAGGAGCGAGUGGAGCAGUGCCUCCUUACCCAGCGGGCUCACUGGAGCCAGGCGCUGGACAGUCUGGCGCAUACACGCUCACUCGUGGUGCACACUCUGACGCACUAUGCGGACCCACAGCUAGUGAUGAGCAUCCAGGAGCUUACUGAAAGCAUGGAGGCGGCUGAGGGUGUGUGUAAGCCGUGCGACACAAAGCAGCUCAACUUCAGACCAGGCUGCGGUGAAAGCAAGCUACUGAGGGGACUGUGGGCCACCGCCAUGCUGCAGGGACCACGUGCUUAUGCCUCGUCGUCUUUCAAGUUUGACGAGCGCACAGUAAGCCCGCUCCUGUCGCUCUCUGAUGACCACCGCAAUUUGACCUUCGUCCACAAAAAACUCAACCGGUCGCUGCCCUACGACCCGGCACGCUUCGACUCGUGGCCCAACGCUCUGGGCUCACUCGCCAUGUCCUCCGGGACCCACACCUGGGUGCUGGAUGUAGGUCAGAGCGCCGCCUUCAAGGUAGGGGUCUGCUACGCCAGCAUGGAGCGCAAAGGUGCCUGUGACAAGGCCCGGCUCGGAUACAACGAGCAGUCGUGGGUGCUGUGCCACUUCGGCGGCGAGUACUCGUUCUGUCACCAGGGGAAUAAAGUGCUGCUGGAGGUCAUGGUCAGACCGCGGAAGGUGGGCCUCCUGCUGGACUGGCCAAGUCAAACGCUCUUGUUUUAUUCGCCGGAGUCAAGUGCGGUUUUGUACACAGUCAGGGGUCCGUUUAGUGCCCCCUUGCUGCCAGCAGUUGCUGUGACGGACCAGAGCGUCACCAUACUACACUGACAAACCAUCAACUAACAUUUUCACUUUAGUGAAUUAAGGGCAUUUAACGCUGUUCACUUAAAUCCCCUGUUAAUCACAUUGACAGCUUUUUUUUAAAUUUCUUUUUACACUGAAAAUAUGGUACAAGUAAUUUUGUGUUUGGUAAAUGAAUAAUGUCGGCUGCAGUCAUUAAUAAACGCGGCUUCAAAUAGUGUAGCACUGAUGUCGAUUUAGACCAGUGGUUCUUAACCUGGGUUCGGUGAGUCGCCCUCAGCGGUUCGGCGGAGGUCAAAACACACCCGACUCAUCGUGUAAAUACAAACUUCUCCCUAUCAGCUGACUGAUUUGCAGGUGCGUAAUUUAUUGUGAAUUUAUGCACUGUGUUGGUUUGUUGUUUGAACAAGGUGAUGUUCAUGCACGGUUCAUUUUGUGCACCAUUAAAAUAAAAACAUGGUAACAGUUUAGUAUGGGGAACAUAUUCACCAUUAAUUAGUUGCUUAUUAACGGGCUUCACGGUGGGAGAGGGGUUAGUGCGUCUGCCUCACAACACGAAGGUCCUGCAGUCCUGGGUUCAAUCCCAGGCUCAGGAUCUUUCUGUGUGGAGUUUGCAUGUUCCCCCCGUGAAUGCGUGGGUUCUCUCCGGGUACUCCGGCUUCCUCCCACUUCCAAAGACAUGCACCUGGGGAUAGGUUGAUUGGCAACACUAAAUCAGCCCUAGUGUGAAUGUUGUCUGUCUGUGUUGGCCCUGUGAUGAGGCGGCGACUUGUCCAGGGUGUAUACCGCCUUCCGUCCGAUUGUAGCUGAGAUAGGCGCCAGCGCCCCCCGUCACCCCAAAAGGGAAUAAGCGGUAGAAAAUGGAUGGAUGAAUGGAUAGUUGCUUAUUAACAUACAAAUUAGUAACAUAUUGGCUCUUAAGUAAUCAUUAUUAAUGCCUUAUUCGGCACGGCCUUAUUAUAACCCUAACCAAAUAACUCUAAAUUAAGUCUUUAUCACUUAGAAUAUGUUCCCCUAGUGUCCAAAUAACUCUUAACUAAGUCUUUGUUACUUAGAAUAUGUUCCCCAUACUAAAGUGUUACCAAAAACCUACAACUUUGUCUUGAAUUUGAAAAAAAACCAACACAUUUUAUUUUUCACUAAAGGGUUCGGUGAAUGCGUGUAUGAAACAGGUGGGGUUCGGUACCGCCAACAAGGUUAAGAACCACUGAUUUAGAUCAACUAUGGACAAAAAGUUGCUUAUUCCAAGUACUAGUAUCCAUCCAUCCAUUUCUACCGCUUAUUCCCUUCGGGGUCGCUGGUGCCUAUCUCAGCUCCAAUCAAAGUAUAAAUACUGUUAAUAGCUCUUGGUUUGUCUCCCUCUAGGGGCCAAAUAAUAGGAUGAUGUUUAGAUUUUUAUAGAGCCACAGGGGGGCAGUGUUGCCAUUGUGAAUAUUUUGUACCAUUCCUCACAAAUAUUUUCUAUGAAAAAAUGUCAAGUACGCUAUAAAGUAUGUGGUUUAUAACAAAACAUUUAGUUGAAUAAAUAUACAAAGUAUACAUCUGAUCAUAAUGAGAAUAUUCAGUCUACGCAAAAAACAAAAACAUCCAUUUUUAGUCCUUGCCACCUCAUGAUUCCAUUAGGAUUUAAAGUUAAAGUCCCAAAGAUUCAUCACACACACACUAGGUGUGGUGAAAUUUGUCCUCUGCAUUUGACCCAUCCCCCAGGAGGUGAGGGGAGCAGUGAGCAGCAGUGGUGGUCGCAUUCUGGAAUCAUUUGGUGAUUUAGCCCUCGAUUCCAACCCUUGAUGCUUAGUGCGAAGCAGGGAGGCAAUGGGUCCCAUUUUAUAGUCUUUGGAAUGACUUGGCCACCAUUUGAACACACGACCUUCCAUUCUCAGGGCGGACACUAACCACAAGGCCACUGAGCUAGUCAUUAUUUACGUGAUUACUGGGUGGGAGGAGGCUCGAUGUUCAGCUCCUGUCUCAGGUCCUCCACGCUCUGCUCCCAUCGCCUCUCAUAGAAGACGCUGAGGACACACCGGGCACGUCGGCCAUUCUGCACGGCCCAGGGUCCCAAGGAAGUGACCAGCUGCUGCAGGCGACUUGACGCGCAAAAAAGAAACAUGUUAGAAGAGGAUGGAAAGGGGAAACAGUGAUAAACCAGCCUAAUUCCCCAGGAUACAGCAGGAAGUAGUGCAAAUAAAUAAAUGGUUUUGUCUGUGA